AUGAUAGUGAAUGGAAAUGAUGAUAGUGUUCAGGGAGAUUUAAGUAAUAGUGAUAGCAAUAGUGAUGGUGGUAUUAAUAAUAUGCUAUUUGGUCAAAUAGCACGUCAAUCAGCGUAUCUGAAACGUAUACUUUCGAACGAAGUGGGUGAGGUGUUGGUGGCGAUGGCCGAUGUGUUGUGGUGCGCUCUGGAGGUACAACCGAAAGCCGAAUGGCUGAACGCGUGUGUUAAAUCGCUGAGAGUGAUGAUCUCGCAUCCGGCAGUUGGCUAUGUAACUGUGUUGAAGUUGUUGGACUUCUAUGAAAUGUGGAAUGUGAUUUGUGUAUCGAUUCUGAUUGUGAGGUUAUUUGAACGUAACGUGAGAUUUUAA